GCAUUGGAUGCUUUGAGAUCUGGUCCUUCUACCGCAAAAAAACAAAAAACUACAAAUGAACCUAUUACCCAACCUUUAAAGCACAUAAACAAUAAUGUUGAAAAUGCUAAUAUUGAUGGCAUUGAUAAUGAUAUUCAAGAUUCUCUUUAUAUAAUUACUAAAAGCCCACCUCACUUUCCAUUUAGUGAAAUGUCAACAAAUAUUUUAGGAAAUUUACAUACCAACAUAGAACAUGUACAAAGUGAAAAAAGCGAAACAAUAAAUUCAAUAUUAGAAAUAUCCAAACGAUUAUUAACUCAAAACACAUCAAUCAUGGAAAGACAAGAAGCCUUAGAGGUCAUGGUUACUCAACUAAUUAAUGAUAUUAAGACAUUACAAUCUUCAUAUCAAAAGUUAAAAAUUAAGAAAAAUGAUUACAAUUGGCUUUAUCCUAAUGAUAAGGUUUAUGAAGAAGCCAUUCGAAAGGAACUUGAAAUCCUCUGCCCAGACAAAAUAGAAUGA